GCGUUGCUACGACAACAGCGACAUCUAAAGGCCAUUAUCAGAGUGUUAUGAUUAUAUUUUUGCCAUUCUGGUUUAUAUUUUAAAACGGAGUUGUUUACCAACUCUAGCCAUCUGUAGAUGGGGUAGACGGGUUUUAUUUUCAAGACCAUCCACACAGAUCAACCCGUUGUAAAAACUGUGCGUGAGAGGGUGAUGGGGUUUUGUCUUUUUUUUUUUUUUUUUACUCUGAACGGCUAGCUACAAGCUACCAUUUUGAGCAACUUGCGUUAGCUUUAGGAGUUACGCAUUCCUAUGGUUUAACACUACCCCCAUCAACGAAAAACGACGUCUGGUUCCAACUUUCCGCAACAACAAUUUAAUUCGUGUUUUAUUUUAUGAGUGAAUGUGGAUGGGUGCCGGUAAGCCAAAGCGACCUAGUCACCUUUGCCAGAAAGUUCUGUAUUGCCGGGGCAAGUUCAGUGUUUUGAAACGUCAGUCUCCAAGGAAACGCUUGCAGCUGGUCGCCGUAAAUGUCGAGCAUGGCGGUUCAGUAGUUAACAAGGGUGACGAUGAUUUUCAUGGAUCCCACAACAAUAAAUAAAAGUAACAUAGGCUGAACUCAGCCGGCGAAAACCCGCCGGGGUAAAGGGAGAAACUGGACUCAUCAAGCUCGACAUCCAGUUCAAGGAUGGAGUUGGCUGCGCUGCGAGAUGAGAGGCAGGUGAAAGAGGGCAAAAUGCAGGAAAAGCAGGAUUCUCAGAACCGAACCCCAGGCAGUCUGGGAAAGGCUCACCCAGCUCUCAAAGCCUUCAUGUGCGGCUCUCUCAGCGGCACCUGCUCGACGCUGCUCUUCCAGCCCUUGGAUCUGGUCAAGACACGGCUGCAGACGCUGCAGAGCAAUGCCAAGCCAGGCGCACCAAAGGUGGGAAUGUUUCGGGUUUUCAUUCACGUAAUCAGGACGGAGAAUUUCUUCAGCCUGUGGAAGGGAGUUUCACCGUCAUUUGUUCGUUGUAUUCCCGGGGUGGGGAUCUACUUCAGCACCUUCUACUCCCUGAAGCAGCGCUUCUUCCUGAACCGGGCACCAAACGCCGGCGAGGCCGUUCUGCUUGGAGCAGGUGCCAGAACUGUGGCGGGAAUCUGCAUGCUGCCAUUCACUGUCAUCAAGACACGAUUUGAGAGUGGCUUUUACAACUAUGCGAGUGUGCCUGGGGCUCUGAGGAGUAUGUAUGAGACGGAGGGAGUCAGGUCUCUGUUCUCAGGGCUGACUGCUACGCUGCUCCGAGACGCUCCUUUCUCUGGCAUCUAUGUCAUGUUUUACAGCCAGGCCAAGAGAGCGCUGCCUCAGGAGGUGACAUCAGCACCGUACGCCCCACUGGUGAACUUCAGCUGUGGAGUUGUAGCAGGCAUCAUGGCUUCUCUGGUCACCCAGCCUGCAGAUGUGGUGAAGACUCACAUUCAAGUCAGCCCGUCCCACUGGAGCACAGCAGAUGCUAUCCGCUACAUCUACAAGGAGAAGGGCCUGUCUGGAUUUUUCCGUGGGGCAGUGCCGAGGUCUCUUCGACGCACUCUGAUGGCCGCUAUGGCUUGGACUGUGUAUGAGCAGCUCAUGGCUCGAAUGGGCCUCAAGUCCUGAAGAGUAACUGAGAAAAGCCACAGAAAACUUCAGAGAGGUCAAAUGUGAGGCGUUUAAAAACAUUUUCACUGAAGUAUGAAGAAAAGGGAGCUGGUGACGUCAAACGCACCAUGAACCAGCCAGCAGUGCCAAGACACUGAGCCAGAGGAACCAGUUAGUAAAUGUUUUCUAAGAGAGGGAGCAAGUUGUCUGUGUUUUAAGUGUUGUUUAAAUGUUAAAAAAGGUUUGUGAUGAUGCACCUUACCGACUCUCAUGCCUGUCUUGGAGUGCCGUGACUCUCCCUCUGCUGUGAAGUGAAUUUAUCACUCGUAAUGUUUCUGCUCAGACGUACCAGUGGAUGAAUACCAUGAAAAAGACCUGGUUCAUGUGGUGAGUGCUUGGCAAGCUGAUAUGUGCUAUUACUACUAAACAGAGUACUGGAGAGAUGCACUCUGGCUAAUGAGAUAUUUAUAAAACCUGCAAAGGAUUGAGCAAUGUUUCUUACUUGCAGGCUGAGGUUAUUUAACUUGUUUCAGACAAUCACAAGCACUCAUACAGAUGCAUCAAUGAAUGGAAAUUUAAGCCAACCCACUAAUCACAUUAAAGCCUGUCUUCAUAGGGUUAAAAGCAACAUAUUUGUGCUUCAUGCAAUUAUGGUGCAUUUUAGACAAAAUAAAUCGUUUUAUAUCUUAAUUAUUUCAAGGUGUCUUAUUUUGCUCUAGCAAAACAGGAUUUCCCGACAUCAUGCGGGUUGUCAUUUGUUUCCUUAAAUAUGUUCAAGAUAGCCGGUCCGGUUCAUAGCUAAUUCAGCUGUGGGUUUUGGGUUUUCUGAACACAUCCCAGUUACAUUCUUUGCAAUUAUGAAAUUAUUUGAAAUGACAUACAGAUGACCCUGAUGAAAUUUUAUUUAAUUGAGCUGUUAUCCUUAUGAAGUUUGCAGGCUAUUCAUUGGAAAUUAAGGAAAUGAAAUAAAUAGUUUUUUUUUUUUUUUUAAACAAACAAAACAGACUUCAAGAGUUUAAUCUCCAAUAGAUGGUCAACCUUGUUACUGCCCAGCAAUGCAAAAAUAAGAACAUAAAACUAGUGUUAAACUGAAAUUAUUAAGCAAAAUGAAAAUUGCUGUGCAGAUAGAAAAUGAUAUAUACUAGAGAAACCUACUGUCUAGUUUUCCAUUGGAUCAAGGCUUCAACGUUUCUGCUGACCAGCAGGUGGCAGCAGCAAUGAAAAGAAACGAAAAUAAAAUUGCAGCAGUUUUGUUUUUAUGUUAACGCGUUUAAGAGGCACCAUAACACACUGCAUUUCAAAAAAGUAUUAAGCUUCCAAGUGAAACAUUGCUUAAUCAUUUAAUCACUAAGCAGUCAUGUUUAAGUUUGCACAGAGUCCAUAUCAGUGUGGGAGCUGUGGAUCACAUUGCUUUUCACACCGAUUAUGGCUCUGAAAUGACUUAAUGAAGGACAAAUUAUGAUAUUUCUAGAGAAGAUUUAUUUCCAUGUUUAUUUAUUAUUGUGUUUAUAUAUAAAUAUAUUAAAGAGAAGAUAUAUUAGAAGUAUUUCCUACAUUAGAAAUAAAAAAGAAAUCCAGCUGACCGAGCCAAGGUGAAACUGUUUGUUUUGUGGUGAAGUAUGACAGUCUCACUGUUUGUUGUUUAACUUGUGUGUAACUCACUGUGCCAAGUUUUAGUUGGAUCUGUUUAUUGCUAUCCAGUUGUGCUCAUCAUCCAUGUUCACACUCCAUAUAGUGGCUCACUUGUUUUCUUUUAGGUCAAUAAAACUUCUUAGUUAUUUUCAAUUCCUGUAAAUAAAAAUGAAGAGACAGGUGA